ACUGCUGGAUGCGGUACCGGCGCGGCGCGGCGCGGCGCGGCUCAACCAUGCCGCGGUGCAGCGUGGCGGAGGGCAGCCUUUGGGGGAAUCAGUUCGUGCAGUUCCUGCAGGACACGGGCCGGGAGCAGAGGAGCCUGCGGGAAACGCUGCGGACCAUCUACAACCAGGAGUUCCGGGCCAGGACUGAUGCAAAGACACCCAGAUUUUCCUGCAUCUUGUACGCACUGAAGACAACCCAACAGAUUCAGGUGCAUGGAGAGGUGGUGAAAUUCAAGGUGAAAAGGCGCCUGGUGGUGGCAGACCAGUACCGACGAACCAGAAGGAAUGCACAGACAUCCGUGUCCACGUCUGCCUCAGGACAGCAGCUCAGCUCCACUCCACAAAUGCCCGAGAGCCAUGGCAAGCAGUGGGCCAAGCGCAUUCGUGAGAAGCACGGGGUGGAGAUCACCUCAGACUGUGACCAGGGCAACGGGAAUAUCCGCUUCCCAGUGGUGCCGGGUGAGCCCCGGACAGUCACCAUCCUGGUGCAGAACUGUGGAAGCGAGGUGGUGACCCUGCAGCGGUUCCAGCUACACAAGCAGUCACGGGAGCUGUCCUUCACCGAUGAGCAGGGGGCAGUGCAGGGCCAGUCCCUGCUGUUACACCCAGGUGGGAUGUACCCCAUCCAGGUGCGGUGCCUCACCACCUGCAACGGGCACUUCAGUGCUCUGGUGGUCUUCGAGUUCACCAAGGAACCAGGCGAGUCCUUCAGCAUCUCACGCUAUGUUGCUGCCAUUGCUGAGAGCCAGCUGGCCAAGGACCUGGGGCCCUCAGCACCUUUCCAGCCUUACGAGGCCAGCCUCCAAAGCUUUGUCACAGUCAUCACUGAGGAUGGCAUCCCCCCUGACAGCUCCCUGAAAAAUGAACUGGAGACGGAAAUCCCUCUGGGUACCUACAGGUACCCAAAGAGCCUCAAGGACAUGAUCCUGCUCGGACCCAACACCAGUGCCAGCUCCAGCUGGGCUGCCUUGUGCUCGCUGCUGGAAGCACCUCUGCAGGCUGAGAACUACCAGCAGAAAUUCCAGCUGCUGCUGUACCUGGAGGAGAUUCAGAUGGAGGUGGACAUCCGACGCUACGACAUGCGGGAUGUGACCAUGGUGCAGGAGAGAGCUCUGCUGGUUCUCGAUGUGCCUGGCGUGGCCGAGAACCGCCCGUCCCUGCUGAGAGGGGACCACCUCUUUGCCCACCUGAGCAGCAAGCGGGACCACUCCCCACUCGUCCGGUAUAAGGCCUACGUGCACAGCGUGGAACUGGAGAAGGUCAGGCUGGGUUUCUCCUCCAAGCUGCAGAAGAAGUUUGUGAAAAACCUGAAGUUCGAUGUGACCUUCACCUUCAACCGGCUGCCACUGCAGGUGCAGCACCGGGCUGCAGUCCUGGCCGUGCGCCGUGGCUUGUUCAGCCUCCUCUUCCCCUCCACCUCCUGCCACAAGUCCCUCUUCUCGGGCCCCUUCCAGCCCCGGUGGUUUAACCGCAAGCUGGAGACCAACGAGGAGCAGUGCAGAGCUGUGACCCACAUCGUGACGGGGGUGUCCCGGCCAGCCCCGUACCUCAUCUUUGGACCCCCUGGCACUGGCAAGACGGUCACUAUGGUGGAGGCCAUCAAGCAGGUGUGGACAUGCUUCAAGGAUGCCCGUAUCUUGGCCUGUGCCCCUUCCAACAGCGCUGCAGACCUGCUGUGCCAGUGCCUCAUCAAGGACAUUGCCCCUCGGAAUGUCUACAGGCUCAUUGCGAGCUCCAGGAGCUACAGGGAAGUGCCCACUGAUAUCAUGCCCUGCUGCAACUGGGACGAUGAGCAGAGCAGCUACAUGUACCCAAGCAAGGAGAGCCUGAGGCCCUACCGGAUUAUCAUCACCACACUGGUCACAGCAGGAAGGCUGGUGUCAGCCAACUUCCCCCCUGGGUUUUUCUCCCACGUCUUCAUCGACGAGUGCGGCCAUGCGGUAGAGCCGGAGAGCGUGGUCGCCAUCGCGGGGCUCCUGGCGCCCAUGGAUGAGGAGACCAACCCCAACGGGGGGCAGCUGGUGCUGGCAGGAGACCCCAAGCAGCUUGGCCCUGUCCUGACCUCACCACUGGCCAUCCAGUAUGGGCUGGGCACCUCGCUGCUGGAGAGGCUGAUGCUGCACAACCCCUUGUACGAGAAGUCGAGUGGAGGAUACAACCCACAGUUCAUCACCAAACUGCUCUGGAACUACAGGUCCCACGAGGCCAUUCUCAGGAUCCCCAACGAGCUCUUCUAUGACAAUGAGCUGAAGGUGUGCAAGAGCGAUGGGCUUGACAUCCGGAAUGCGUAUUGUACCUGGGAGGAGCUUCCCAAAAAAGGCUUCCCCAUCAUCUUCCAUGGGGUUUGUGGGGAAGAUCAGAGAGAAGCCAAGAGUCCCUCAUUCUUCAACACGGCCGAAAUUGAGGUCCUGGUCCACUACCUCAAGAAGCUGCUGCAGAGCCAGGGCAAGGGAGGCUGCCCCACUGUGUCCCCCAAGGAGAUCGGCAUCAUCUCUCCCUACAGGAAGCAGGUAGAGAAGAUCUGGAAAGCCAUCACCUCCCUGGAUCCCAAUCUGCAGAAGCUGCCGGACAUCAGCCAGUUGAAAGUGGGCUCUGUGGAAGAGUUCCAGGGCCAGGAGCAGCUUGUGAUCCUCAUCUCCACCGUGCGCAGCUGGAGCACAUACCUCCAGUUCGACCAGACCUUCAGGCUGGGCUUCCUCAAGAACCCCAAGAGGCUUAACGUGGCCAUCACCAGGGCCAAGGCUCUGUUGAUCGUGGUGGGUAACCCGACCGUGCUCAGCAAGGACCAGCACUGGUGCAGGUUCCUCAGGUACUGCAAGGAACAGGGCGGCUACACCGGGUACCCCUACGAGGACGAGGGCACGGCUGAGGACAGACUGGCCAACGAGCUCUAGACGCUGCAGCUCAGUGUUACGCAGUCCCGGGGUGCUCCAUGGAUCCCUGUGGAGAUGCUGCUGAACCCACUGGACCAGGCGGUGUUGCCAACUUUUGCUGCCAGCCACUAA